CCUAACUUCUCCCCUCUUCUCUUUCUCAUAGAUCUACUUUUCUCUUUCUCUCUCUCUCUCUUUCUUUCUUUUUUUAUCUUUACGUUUGCUCGAUCCAAACUCACAUAGUAUCAUCCACUAUAAGAUUUAAUCCUUCCACUUUUCCUCAGUACACACCAUGAAACAUAGAACCUCAGAGACAUGUGCAAUUUUUAAAAAUUUCUUUACGGGCACGUGAGCAAACAAUUAAUUAUUUACACAUAUGUUCAUAAAUAUCUGUGGCACACACUAUAUAUAUCAAUCAGUUGGUAAAGAUCGAAGACAUGGAGGGAAGAUCACAUUCUAUGGAAAGAGAAGAUGAAUAUGAUUUGUUCCCAAUAUAUUCGGAAAGGUCACAACAAGACAUGUCGGCUAUGGUCUCUGCCCUCACACAAGUCAUUGGUGGCUCCAACAAUGACCCUCUUCAAGUGCAUGGAGACCUUUUAACUUCUUCACACAACACCUCAACCCAGAAUAAUGAACAAUCCCAACUACCCCAACAAGAUCAAGGGAGUGUAAGAAGAAGACACUAUAGAGGAGUGAGGCAGCGUCCAUGGGGAAAAUGGGCUGCAGAAAUUCGCGAUCCUAAGAAAGCAGCGAGGGUAUGGCUUGGAACAUUCGAAACUGCUGAAGCUGCAGCUCUUGCCUACGAUGAAGCUGCUCUCAGAUUCAAAGGAAGCAAAGCUAAGCUCAAUUUUCCCGAAAGGGUUCAAGGCACAGGCGAAUUUGGUUACCUCACUAAUCAACAUGUGUCAUCUAGCAGUAACAGUGAGCAAGCUUCUAACCCUGUUGCUCCACACUUUACGCAAGAAACAUAUUCAUCAAAUCACUUUCAAUAUCCACAACAACAACAACAACAACUUAUGGGGAGUGGCAGCAGCAACAACUUCAAUGAUCAUGAUAUGGUUCAUUACUAUGGUGGAGACAUGUUUGUUUCUUCUCAACCAGCUGCAUCUUCGUCUUCUUCUACUGGAUUUAUAUCUCAGCAGCAACAAGACUUUCUGAGAUUUUCUAUGCAGUUUGGAGGUUCUUCUUCUGCUUCUGACCAUGCUAGGAAUUGGAGGGAUGGUAGACAUUGAAGAGGGUAUACGAUAUGGAUCAUAUGUUCCGCAACUUGUGCUUUCUUUGUUUUUUUUUCAUUCUUCAUUUCAUGCUGUUAUAAUAUUUUAAUCAUGCAUAUAUAAUAUUUCCCUUAAGUUAUUUUUCUACUA